CCUUUGCCACGUAUUCAUGGAUGUGCCACCUUCCCCCCUUCUUUCUUCAACCCCACGCCCCUCAGCUAUGCUUGCUUCUUCUGAGCGAAAAUGAAGAGAUCAGACAAAUGAAAAUGAAAAUGAAAAGAAAAUAAUAAGAGAGAACAAAUUAAAAUGAAGGCAGAGAGUUUAGUGGUUUCAGCAGCCAUUAACAUAGGCUUAGCUAUUUUGAUUCUCUCUCUUUUCUCCAUACUGAAAAAGCAGCCUUUCUACGCCCCCGUUUAUUAUGCUCGCCGCCUCUCACUUGGCCACCGUACCGACCACCAAUCUUUUAGUUUCCGGCGGUUGCUUCCGGAGCUGAACUGGAUUUCUCGUGCGGUUCGGGUUACAGAGGAGGAGAUUCUCGACAACUGUGGCCUUGAUGUCCUCGUCUUCGUUAGACUCCUCAAAUUUGGGAUCAGAUUCUUUGUUGUUUGUUCUAUUGUUGGAGUUCUGGUACUUGUCCCACUAAAUUAUACUGGGAGUACUGUACCAAAUACGAGCUCUCAUUCCAUGGAUGCUUUCACAAUAUCUAAUAUCAGCAGUGGCUCUGACAGGCUUUGGGUGCAUUUUUCUUUCUUGUGCUUUGUCUCGUGUUAUGGAAUGUACCUACUUUACCAGGAGUACAAUGACCUUCUUUUCAAAAGGGUUCAGCAGCUAUGUAAUAGAAGGAGUGAACCUGAUCAAUUCACCAUUCUGGUUCGAGAAAUUCCACUUUGCAAUGAGCACAAGACUCGUGGAUGCAGCGUAGACCACUUCUUUUCCAAAUAUCAUCCAUAUUCAUACGAGUCUUUUCAAAUUUUAUAUGAUGGGAAACAUCUGGAUAAGCUACUAUGCCAGGCAAAGUCUCUCACCAAAAAGAUUGAGGACCUGAGGCAUCUUUCUUCUACUAAGAAAUAUAGUAGAAACUCAUCUGCAUCUGAUGCAUGGAAAUAUGAUGCUAAAAUAGAGCAGCUGGAAGACAUGCUUCAAACCCUUGGUCGUGAAAUAAGGCGUAUACAGUGCAGAAUGACGAUUGAGCAGAAGGAAUUGCCUGUGGCUUUUGUUACAUUUAGUUCACGAUGGGGCGCUGUUCUAGCUGCCCAAUCUCAACAGCACACAAAUCCACUCCUCUGGAUCACUGAAGUGGCUCCAGAACCGAGAGAUGUGAUCUGGCAAAAUUUGGCAGUUCAAUAUCGUCGUUUGCCACUGUACAGGAUAGUGAUAAUUGUUGCAGCAUCACUUCUUACCAUCUUCUUCGUGAUACCAGUGACAGCUGUUCAGGGAAUUGCCAAAUAUGAUCGACUGAAGAAAUGGUUUCCUCCUGCCAUGGCUGUGGACUUAAUACCGAAGUUGAGGUCCAUCAUCACAGGAUAUCUUCCUAGUGCCAUUCUUAAUGGUUGCAUAUACAUUGUUCCAUUUGCCAUGAUCGGACUGGCAAGAUUAGCUGGUUAUAUCUCGCGGAGUAAGAAGGAUAUAAAUGCAUGCAACAUGGUGUUCUACUUCCUGGUAGGGAAUGUAUUCUUUUUAAGCUUGUUGUCAGGAUCUUUACUAGAUCAAAUUGGCGAAUCUUUCUUUCAUCCCAAGGAUAUUCCCAACCGUCUUGCUAGUGCUGUCUCUGCUCAGGCAGAUUUUUUCGUGACGUACAUCUUGACAAAUGGGCUGGCAGGAUUCUCUUUAGAGAUACUUCAGCCAGGAUUACUCCUAUGGGAUACUCUAAAAUCUUACACGUGGGACCAUGGAAAGAAGAAACAUCCUUAUGUUUAUUCACUACCUUAUUAUAGAAUUAUCCCUUUUGUUGCGCUGUGUAUGCUGAUUGGGAUUGUUUAUGCGGUGGUCUCUCCUUUGCUUCUUCCGUUUCUGGUAGGCUACUUCCUGCUUGGAUAUGUGGUGUUCAUCAACCAGAUUGAAAAUGUGUAUAUAACUACAUACGAGACAUGUGGUCGAUAUUGGCCAUACAUUCAUCACUACAUUAUAGUUGCAAUCAUACUUAUGCAAGUCACAACGAUUGGUCUUUUUGGACUGAAAGCAAAGCCUUCAGCUUCCUUCUCCGUUAUCCCUCUCUUGGUCGUCACUAUUCUCUUUAACGAGUAUUGCAAGAUUCGAUUUCUUCCAACUUUCAACCAAGUCUCAGUUCAGGAUGCAAAGAAAAAUGAUGAACUUGACAAGAAGGAUGGGUUGAUGGAGGAAAAUGUCCGGAAGGCUCUAGAUGCUUAUUCUCCUCCAUGUUUGCGGCCCUUGGACCUCGGGAUGGAAGGAACAAGCUCUACGAAGCCAUUUCUAUCUCCUGCAUAGAACAUGUUCUCUUCUCUCUUUUCCUUCUUGGUUAUCACAUGCGUAUAUCUGCCAUUCUGUUAGUGUGUAUGUGUUUCAACUUCACAUCGUCAGAUUAUACCACGAGAAGAAAGUUGACGAAAAUUAUGUAUUGUUCACUGCCCAAAGUCGUACCAAUUUAUAUGGUGCCAUUUUGUUUUAUUGACAAGGCUCAUCAUUGCUAAGGUCAUUUUGAAAUUAUCUGUUGGGUCUGAGUAAUCGUACGCAGGAAAACAGCCUCAAGAAAUAAAUGUCAUUA